AUGGAACCUCAGCCAUCAUCAUCCAGUGUUGUUACAAUGGUACCAGCAUCAUCAUCAUUGAUCGGAGGAGAUGACCAAAUGCCACUUUCAUCCUCUUCUUCUUCCAACUCACCUUCUUCAUUGGCCUUGCCAUCAUCAUCACCACCACCUCCAUCUAAUUCUUCGCUGAUACAACCGCCUAUGAGUUCUUCUCAGUCAGGAACCAUCCCAUCAUCAUUAUCUAAUAAUCAGCAACAACCAUCAUCCUUUUUAAAUAAUAAUACAGCCAUGAAUCGGCCAGAAGAAGCCUCCUCAACAAUGCCAAAUAUUUCAUCUCAAGACUUUGCGGCGUCAUCAUCCAUGGCUAAUCACAACACUUCCAAUGGGCAACGUGAAUCAGCCCAUCCUACAGCAACCUCUCCCAUUGGGGUUCCAUCGUCGUCAUCAGCAACCCAAAACAAACCUCUGAAUGACUUUGAAAACAUCUAUGCUUGUUUUAAAAAGAGAAAUAGAGAACAAUAUGAACAAAAUUCUAAUUUGUCGGCCACCUCAUCAUCAACCACCGAAUCCUAUGUCAAGGAUUUGGAAGAUAAGGUUGAUUUCAUGGCACAAUUAAUUACCAUUCAAUCGGCCAAGAUGAGAAAAAUGGAAGUAAGAUUGAGAAAAUUGGAAUCCUUGUUACCUCAAACUGGUGACGAAUUUGUGAAUUCAAGCAAUUUACAUCGUAUUCCAAUGAUGACAUCGUCGUCUCAUGGAGGUGCCAAUAUAGAUGAAAUUUCUACCAUCAGCGACGAUUUGCCAACAUUUGCAGCAACACCAAAGAAGGAAAAAGGAAACAGACAGCCCAAUGCCUAUAAUAUUUUCAUGAAAAGUGAAAUUCAACGUAUUAGAACAACACACACUGAAUUGACACAAAAACAAGCUUUCAAAUUGGCUGCCAACAAUUGGUCACUGAAAAAGGCCGAAAUUAUGGCAGCUCAGAAGAAAGGAAUUGAUCCAAUGACUUUAGUGACAGGAGGCUCCUCGACUGAUCUUAAAGCAGGAUCGAGCGCGGUGAAUACUCCAAGCGACACCACCAUUCCUGAUAACCUCUCAUCAGGAACUCCUGCCAUUCUUGAGAAUGAAAAAUAA